AUGCAUAACGGCGCCGCAUUCAAGUUAUUACCGGAGUUGAUUAACGGUGGCGCUUGCUCGCUCGUGUAUGCUGGGAACACAGAUGGUCUCUGCAAUUACAUGAUCGGUGGCCGCCCACUAGCAUCGAGCGCUGGGUGGCACAGUUAUUCCAUGCGAAAUUCCAACGUUCACCGUCGAUGCCUUGGAAGACCUUGCACUCAGGCAUGGUGGGAGGUGAAGUGCGCAGCGCUCUGGAAACGUCACGUUUGUCCAGGUCCACAAGACUGGUCAUAUGGCUCCUCACGACCAACCCGAAGUGACUCAGGGACAUGA